AUGGCUUCCCAACAACCAAAUGAAGGAAACAAGGCCCCAGAGGCGAUGGAAGUCGAGGAGACACUGGACGAGGAGAUAUUGCGUAUGUCAACAGAUGAUUUGAAAAGCCGCACCCAUCUGUUGGAAAAUGAAAUUAGAAUUAUGCGAAGCGAAGUGCAACGCAUAAAUCAUUCUGCACAAACAUUGAAGGAUCGAGUGAAGGAAAAUACGGAGAGAAUCAAAGUGAAUAAGACUCUGCCAUAUCUUGUCUCAAACGUUGUCGAACUUCUCGAUCUGGAAGACAAUCAAGAAGAAGAAGGAGCGAAUGUCGAUCUUGACGCACAAAAGACCAAGUGCGCCGUUAUUAAGACAUCUACCAGAGCUACAUACUUUUUGCCGGUUGUUGGACUCGUAGAUCCCGAACUUUUGAAACCAGGAGAUCUUGUCGGUGUCAACAAGGACUCUUACUUGAUCCUUGAGAAGUUACCAGCCGAGUACGAUUCGCGUGUCAAGGCCAUGGAAGUCGACGAGCGACCGUCUGAGCAAUAUUCUGAUAUCGGAGGAUGCGACAAGCAAAUUCAAGAGCUUAUUGAAGCUGUUGUGCUUCCCAUGACCCACAAGGAUCGUUUUGUGAAUCUUGGAAUCCAACCGCCAAAAGGUGUUUUGAUGUACGGACCUCCAGGAACUGGUAAAACUAUGAUGGCUCGUGCUGUCGCUGCGCAGACCAAGUCCACAUUUUUGAAACUCGCUGGUCCUCAACUCGUCCAAAUGUUUAUCGGAGAUGGAGCUAAACUUGUCCGUGAUGCGUUUGCUCUUGCCAAGGAAAAGGCUCCCGCUAUCAUUUUCAUUGACGAACUCGAUGCUAUUGGUACGAAACGUUUCGAUUCCGAAAAGGCUGGAGAUCGUGAAGUGCAGAGAACUAUGCUCGAACUUCUCAAUCAGCUCGACGGAUUCCAGCCAAACGAUCAGAUUAAAGUGAUCGCCGCCACUAACCGUAUCGAUGUUCUUGAUCCUGCUCUUCUUCGUUCCGGACGAUUGGAUCGUAAAAUUGAAUUGCCCCACCCUAACGAGGAUGCGCGUGCGAGGAUCAUGCAGAUCCAUUCGAGAAAGAUGAAUGUCAACAAAGAUGUGAACUUUGAAGAGCUCGCAAGAUGCACAGAUGAUUUCAACGGAGCCCAAUGCAAAGCAGUUUGUGUUGAAGCGGGUAUGAUUGCUCUUCGAAGAGACGCCACUGAGAUUCUCCACGAAGACUUCAUGGAUGCUAUUCUCGAAGUCCAAGCUAAGAAGAAGGCGUCUCUCAACUACUACGCGUAA